AUCAAACCCGAGCCUCAAGCCCCAAGUCUAUAUAAACAAAUCUCUUCUACAUAGUUGCUUACGAAAAACAACCCUAGCCGCCGUUUAUUCUUUCUUCGUUCUCUUUUAUUCGGUCUCUGUUCUUUGAUCUCUUGUAGUUUAAAUCUUUCCGAUAAAAAUGUCGGGUAAAGGAGAAGGUCCAGCGAUCGGAAUCGAUCUCGGUACUACUUACUCUUGCGUCGGAGUUUGGCAACACGACCGUGUUGAGAUCAUUGCUAAUGAUCAAGGAAACAGGACCACGCCGUCUUACGUCGCUUUCACCGACUCCGAGAGGUUGAUCGGUGAUGCAGCUAAGAACCAGGUCGCCAUGAACCCUAUUAACACCGUCUUCGAUGCUAAGAGGUUGAUCGGUCGCCGAUUCAGUGACAGCUCUGUCCAAAGCGACAUGAAGUUGUGGCCAUUCAAGAUUAUCCCAGGACCUGCCGACAAGCCAAUGAUCAUCGUCAACUACAAGGGUGAAGAGAAGCAGUUCGCUGCUGAAGAGAUCUCCUCUAUGGUUCUUAUCAAGAUGCGAGAGAUUGCCGAGGCUUACCUUGGUGUUUCCAUCAAGAACGCCGUUGUCACCGUUCCAGCUUACUUCAACGACUCUCAGCGUCAGGCAACUAAGGACGCCGGAGUUAUUGCUGGUUUGAACGUCAUGCGUAUCAUCAACGAGCCGACCGCUGCAGCUAUUGCCUACGGUCUUGACAAAAAGGCGACCAGCGUUGGAGAGAAGAACGUGUUGAUCUUCGAUCUUGGUGGUGGUACUUUUGAUGUCUCCCUUCUUACCAUUGAGGAAGGUAUCUUCGAAGUCAAGGCAACAGCUGGAGACACCCAUCUUGGUGGAGAAGAUUUCGACAACAGAAUGGUCAACCACUUUGUUCAGGAAUUCAAGAGGAAGAGCAAGAAGGACAUUACUGGUAAUCCAAGAGCUCUUAGGAGAUUGAGAACUGCUUGUGAGAGAGCGAAGAGGACUCUUUCCUCCACUGCUCAAACAACCAUCGAGAUUGACUCUCUGUACGAGGGCAUCGACUUCUACUCCACUAUCACCCGUGCUAGAUUUGAGGAGCUCAACAUGGACCUCUUCAGAAAGUGUAUGGAGCCAGUCGAAAAGUGUCUCCGUGAUGCUAAGAUGGACAAGAGCACCGUCCACGAUGUUGUUCUUGUUGGUGGUUCCACCCGUAUCCCCAAGGUUCAGCAAUUGCUCCAAGACUUCUUCAAUGGCAAGGAACUUUGCAAAUCUAUCAACCCCGAUGAGGCCGUUGCUUACGGUGCAGCCGUCCAGGGCGCUAUUCUCAGUGGUGAAGGAAAUGAGAAGGUCCAAGAUCUUCUGUUGCUCGAUGUCACUCCUCUCUCACUUGGUCUUGAAACCGCCGGUGGUGUCAUGACCACCCUUAUCCCGAGAAACACCACCAUCCCAACCAAGAAGGAGCAGGUCUUCUCCACCUACUCAGACAACCAACCCGGUGUGCUGAUCCAAGUGUACGAAGGAGAGAGGGCAAGAACCAAGGACAACAACCUUCUGGGUAAGUUCGAGCUCUCUGGAAUCCCUCCGGCCCCACGUGGUGUCCCUCAGAUCACUGUCUGCUUCGACAUCGAUGCUAACGGUAUCCUCAACGUCUCUGCCGAGGACAAGACCACCGGCCAGAAGAACAAGAUUACCAUCACCAACGACAAGGGUCGCUUGUCCAAGGAUGAGAUCGAGAAGAUGGUCCAGGAGGCUGAGAAGUACAAGUCUGAGGAUGAGGAGCACAAGAAGAAGGUUGAAGCCAAGAAUGCUCUUGAGAACUACGCCUACAACAUGAGGAACACCAUCCAGGACGAGAAGAUUGGUGAGAAGCUUCCGGCUGCAGACAAGAAGAAGAUCGAGGACUCGAUUGAGCAGGCGAUCCAGUGGCUCGAGGGUAACCAGUUGGCUGAGGCUGAUGAGUUCGAAGACAAGAUGAAGGAAUUGGAGAGCAUCUGCAACCCAAUCAUUGCCAAGAUGUACCAAGGAGCUGGCGGUGAAGCCGGAGGUCCUGGUGCCGCCGGAAUGGACGAUGAUGCCCCUCCUUCUUCAGGCGGUGCUGGUCCCAAGAUUGAGGAGGUCGACUAAUCUGUCGAUCGUUGACUUCUCUCUUUCUCCUAUCCUUUUAUCUCUAUUUGCCUUAUUUUGAAUCCUAAGAACUUUUUAUGUUGGGCCGUUUACUGGGCCCAUUUUGCGUUUAUUAUUUUUAGAACCUUUUUUGAAACUCAGGGUGAUCUUUUUCAUCUAUAAUGUCGGUUAAGUAAAACCUUUUGAGCGCUUCCUCCUUAUUUUGUUAAUUUAUUUGGCUUUUUCA